UGUGAAGUAAGCCAAGGAAGGCCCCGCCCAGUUGCUUCUCGACGUGUCACCCCACUCGUCCCUUCGCCUUGUGCCGGUAUUCGGUUUCUCCGUCAGCCCAUUCCAAUCCGACGAUCCAGUCAAUGUCCCGCUCCUCGAGCUUUCCAGCAAUCAUGUAGGCCUACUUUGCGUAGGAAGAAUUUGCGUGGGGUGUACGAGGACUCUUUGGUUUGCAAGGUGUAGACAGCGGUUUGCGAGCUGCGGGGGGUGCGGCGUACAGGCCGCAAUUCGAGUGUAAGUUGUCUGUGUUGGAGAAUGGAAGCAUGAAUUUUGUGUCAAUGAAUCCUGGCAUCGCGGAAUGCUUUCGAGCAGGAUGCAGUUCGACAAGCAAUUGAUAUUCAUAUAAGAUGCAGGCUGAGGAUUAUGAGCUUGAUGCUCUUUUACUUGCACAGAGUAGUGAUGAAGAAGGGAAUUCAGAUAUAUCCGAGCUUGAACGCAAUAUUCUUGAUCAAAUAAUCGAUUCAACGGAUCUUAAUAAUGAUGUUCCAUUUUCGACAAUCUUAGCGUCUUUUGAGGGCUUAAAUGCCUCAUUGCUUGGGAGUCAAGCUUCUUUUGGACAUGAAAGUGUUACAAAUGGAGGCAUUUCUGGACUGGAUGCAUCGCCGCAUUUGCAUUCCCUUGAGAUGUCUAGUCUUGUAGAGGAUUCGUGCAGUGCUAACUUCGUGGAGACCCGAUCGAAGGAUUACUCAAGUUUGGAGUCUGUCGCUGUUGAAAGAGGACAUGUGCUUUUAGACAGUGACGAAAUGUCUAGGUCACCAAAACUGGUGUUGGAGUCCGAAGGUCAAGUUGCAGGAGUUCGAAUAAUGUCGAGACCAGGAGCAGCCUUAGCAGCUGCGGCUGCAGUUUCGAGACAAAUGGCUAGUUCUCCAUCCACAAUGUUAAGGAGCCGAAGAACGAAGUCUGUAGAUAUUCGUAUGCCAGCUUUAUCGUCAAGAAAGCAGCCAGAUUUGAACUUAGCAUCAGGGGAAAUCAUUAAGUCGAGAGAGCUUUUUCUAAGUGAUAUCCCUGCUAAGCCGUCGGAAUUGCAGGAAGUGCCUUCCUCACUUGGAGGAACUCGAGACAGUUCUCUCACGCAAAGUGUCGAUGGUUGUAUCAACUUGACGAACGAUUAUCCUCUUUCGGAGCCCUCUUUGACAGCAUCUACUACUGUGCAUGGAGUUAUGAUCUGUAGUGAUGCAGAUGAGAAUUUCCAGUCGAAUGUUACAUCAUCAUUAGUUCAUGAAACUGAGAACGAGCUUGUGACUGAAAAUUCUUCUUAUCAAGAACAGGGCCACACUAUUGAUGACAUUGUAUCUCAAUUGCAUGAGGAAAUUAUAGACAACAUCCACUCAAAAGAUGCGGUGCAAAUUGUAAAAAAUCAGGGAGAAUUUCACGAUGUUGGUGGUGGAUCAGAGACAGAGCAUAUGAUGAUAGGACAGAAGUCUGAAUUUAUUCAUGAAAAGUCGAAAGAGCUUUCAGAAAGUCCAUAUGUCAGAGUAGAUCAGGAGGACAAAAAUAAUCAGCAUACUGCAUUAGAUCGGGCUGAAGAAUACGAGAAAAUGGUCACUAAAGCUGGAGCUUGUUUGGAAGAAGAUGCCGCAGCUCAGACAUCUAGUUUGGACUUUAUCAAGCAAGGGCAGUCGAGGACUGGAAUAUUGCACGUGGAUUCUACUGGCUCUCUCUCUCAAGCCCUCGGUUCAACUGCCAUGCGACGUGAUUUUGGCUUCACUCAAGCUCUAGCCGUGCAUGCAAAUUUCAUAGCUGUGGGCAUGUCGAAAGGGGCAGUCCUUGUGACUCCAAGCAAAUAUUCACCUACCCGUGCAAUUGAUGAUGCGGAUGCCAAGGCCGCUCUUCUAGAACCGCCAGAUAAGGCGCAGAUGGCUGUGACCGUCAUGUGCUUCAGCGAUCAUGGUGACCAUCUGCUGGUCGGUUAUGCGGGAGGCACCAUAUCCCUCUGGGAUGUGCCAAGGGUGAAAUUGAACAUGUCCAUAGUAGACCAACAUGCUGGAGCCAUAGUGCAUGCGUUCUUUCUUUUGCAAGCUGACACAGAGAUGCGACAGAUGAGGGCUGUUACUGCUGAUUGUAAAGGACGCGUGUUAUUACACACGUUCACUUUCCGGCCACUUUUACGCCGUUUUUCAGUUCUUUCUCAGAUUGUGGAUAUCGAACAGGAUAUGGGUUCCGUGUUAGCAAUUUCACCUCUAAAUGUGGAAGACCUCACUCACAGUACAGCAAACAUGAAUUCAGCCAAUAAAUCUACGGAUGCUGGUCAUAAGUUCUUGUUCAAUGAAGUUGGUUCAGUGGAACCGACCGAACCAGCUAGAUGCGGAAUAGUUGUCAUUGUUACUCGUUCAGCCAUUUUUGCGGCAUCUUUAAUCCCAACUUAUGCACGUUUUGCCACACUACAUCGGCCUGCUCGGCUUCGAGAAGGAGCGAUCCCUUAUACCUCAUGGCAGCAUUCCAGAAAGACAUAUGCAGAAGUAGGAUAUGAUACAGUAGAUAAUGAUCCUAACUGGCCAGUUCUGGCUGUUGCUUGGGAUAGAAGAGUUAUUAUUGCACAUCUUAACCUCAAAAUCAGUGAACUGAUAGUUGAUGUUGAAUGGGAUAUUGAUAAUGCUGCUGCUGGAAUAGCAUGGCUGGAAGACAAGGUGUUAGUUGUUGCGACUGUAAAAGGGCAGCUUCUAGUGUAUAAAAAGGAUGGCACAGAGAUUGAACGAGCAACCUUGAAGGAUGUUCAAGGAAAUGUGGGGGCACUUAUGUACCAUACUCAUUUCGUAAAUGAAUUUGAGAAUCCAGAGAAAGCAUUUCAUAAUACCAUAGGUGUUCGUGGUGCAGCUCUAUAUUUACUUGGGCCUUCGCAAUUGUGGCGGGCUCGGCUUCUGCCAUGGUUUGACCGCUUGAAGCUUCUGAAAGGUUCCGGUGAUUGGAUGGAAGCCUUUCGCUUUGCUUUGGAACUAUUUGAUGGUAAAGCAGAAAGUGUGACAGGUCUUCCAAGGAGAUUGGAAGCGAUGCGGCAUGCUAUCAGAGACACACUGCUUGGGCUUCUUUUUUCAUAUCUUGACGAAGUAUUUGCUUAUCUAGCACUUGGUUCAUCCUCGGCCGUCUUUGACAGCAACCCGAUUCCUGCUGAGACUGAGAGUGGAGAGGCUGUUGAAAGUCCUACUGGUAUUGAGACUUGGGGAAGAGCCAACUUAGGGCUUAAAAUGAUUGCCGAGCCUCACGAGCAUUACGCUAAAAUAGGACGUAUGUCAAUUGAAUUCUGCGUACACAUCGGAAAGACGGAAGUUAUAUGUGAGGACAUAUACAGCAGAUUUGAAUCCGUUGGCCAAAAGAGCACCUUUUUGGAGUUGCUUGAGCCGUAUAUCCUCAGAGACAUGUUGAGUGGUCUUGCUCCGGAGGUAAUGCAAGCUUUUGUAGACCAUUACAGUCAUUGUGGUUGGUUAGAAAGAGUCGAGGAAUGCGUGCUUCAUAUGACCAUUAGCUCUCUGGAUUUCAAUCAGGUUAUUAAGUUAUGCCGUAAGCAUGGAUUGUACACAGCGCUUAUUUAUCUGUUCAACAGUGGUUUAGACGAUUUUACAUCACCUUUGGAAGAGCUUCUGAUAGCUGCACAAUCUCCCAGUAGUCGUAUUGAGCCCAGGACACUUGGGUACAAGAUGCUCGUAUACCUGAAAGCCUGCUUCAACGGACUUGCAUUUCCUUUGGGACGGGGUACCCUGCCAAUCGAUCGUUUGCCGACAUUGCGGGCAGAGUUGUUACAAUUCUUGCUUGAUGUUCGACCAACCUUGGCAGAAAUUGUAGACUCAAGUUGCAAUGCCAAAGGUUGUGCAUACCCAAGGCUGGGAUAUCUUCUGAAGCUGGAUACUCAAGCGACCCUGGUUGUGUUAAGAUCUGCUUUUCCAGUUCAUGGGGUCUUGUCCAUUGGCAGGCAAGGAUGGGCAUAUGCCGAUGCAGCAGAGGCAUCCAUUAUAGACUACAGAGAAUCCUCAGAUUUACCAAACAAUUUUCAGGUUAUUGAUGAAGGGGUGAGAUAUUUACAAGCUGUUGUUAUUGCAAUGACACAGAACUUAGACCUGAGAGCAUAUGAUUCUUCUAAGAUUUUAGAUUCUGAUUCGCAAAAUUGGCUAUCGGCCGAUGAUCAAGGGGUUAUACUUGAGUUUGUGGCCGAGUAUGUGGCGUCGAGGCACGUUGUUGUUGGUCGUACCACCCUGAAGUGUAUUCUGGAGUACGUGACAUCACCCAUUGCAGAAAAGGUCAUGGGGAAGAGUACUAGACAGAAUCUAUUGAUAAAGUUGUUGAAAAGCGUGCCUGAAUCAGAUUGGGACUUCGAUCAUUCUCUUUUAUGUGCACAACGUGCUGGACUCUGGCAGGCAAGUGCUUGGCUGCACGUCAAAUAUGGUUCAUCCGUAGCAGCUUUGGAUUGUUACCUUCAGGACAAAUAUGUACAUGAGCCUGUGUUCUCUUAUGUGAUGCAAAAACUCGACGCAACGACCGGCUUGAAAGGUGGUGUCCUUGCAGAAUUUCGGAAAGCUGUUUUGGAUCGAAUCUGCAAACUCAUGCUGCAUAGUAGCAAAGGUACUCUUUGGAUUGUGUUAACUCACUUCAGCACUUCAAAUGAGCAAGUGAUGGAGGCAUUGGAAUCUGAUGAGACCCUGUUGUUUGCAUUCCUCAAAGACCUUAUGAAUGCAAUUUGGGGUGUCCCAACUUCUUUUGUAGUAUCAGGAGGUGUCCGAUCCAGUUCAUGUUUGCAAGAUGUCAAGUCAAAGGUUCACAACGAAGGAAACAGAGACAAAUUUAGUUCUCGUUGGGAAUUCUUGAUCAAGUUGGACAAGCUAGUUCGACGUUCAGGCUUUCAGUGUACUGAUAAGAUGGUCGAGCAAUAUCUUCAGCUUCUGUGUAGAUUGGAACCUGAGUCAGUCGUGGAAUUUCUCGCAAGAUGUGAACAAUAUAAUGUAGAUAAUUGCCUCAGAAUGGUUCAAAAGUACGGCAUCGCCGACGCAGCCAUACUAUUGCUGGAACGUGCAGGGGACAUAUCAGGUGCUCUUGCACUUUUGAUCAAAGAUCUAGAUUCUAGUUUGCAGAUCAUGCUGCAAAGUCUCAUUUCUGAGAAGUCGGAUCGUUUUAAUAUGGAAAUGCACUCAUUUUACUCUAUGUCCGAGACGUCUGCUGUCGAGUCAGCACUUCAUGCUGGAGUAGCUUUGUGUCUGCGGAAUACGCAGCGACUGAGUUCUGAGGAAGCAUGUUCUCUUUGGUUUCGGUUACUUGAUAGUGUGGUGGAGGCACUACGUAAUCUUACACCAGCUUUUCUUGAGGGCACGACAGUAGGGUUAUCUACUGCCUCCAGUGAUGUGAUUGGAGAGCGAGUGCAUUCUGUACAAUAUAAAAUGAUGGACGACAAUAAAUACAAGCUUGUGAGGAUGUGGUUGGUGCAUCUGGUUGGUAGCACUGUAACAGCAAUGCAGGAUCAUGUUUCGCCGCAAAUCCUCUUGCAGCAGAUUAUAUCCAACUACGGUAGUCAUCCUUUGGGGGACUUUCGAGCAGCCAUUUGCAACUUGCUGAGUGCUUACACCUAUGAGUUCACAAUUUUGGGUAAAGCCAAGCAACUGGUCGAGGAAUCUCUACACCAUAGUUUGUAUAUGUUGCUAAGAGGCUCCACUCACGCAUAUGCUCUCAGUAAUUCAAAGUGUUGUAUUUGCAAGCUUGAGUUGGUGGGUGUACACUCUAGCAAUAUGAACGAGCUUAUUGGAGUUUCUUCCAGUUCGCAGUCAACCUCAACUAGUGAAGUGUGUUCCGACGGUCUACAGGUCCUUACUUGUGGACAUGCUGCUCACGCGUUUUGCAUAAGUGGCCAGUUGGGAGGGGGAGGGAAGAGGAGCUUAUUGUGUCCUUUGUGUUGUCGCAACUUAAAAUUUCUUGCUUCAGAGGAAAAGAUAUCAAGUAUUCAAGAUACACAAUCACAAUCAUCGACGGAUAUCAGGCCUCGAAUGCAACUUUUAUGGAAAAAUAAGGAUCAAGAAAUUUCAUCAAUUGCCAGUACAAAUAAGUCUCGGCUACAAAUACUAAACGAGUUAAGGGACGGAAAAGGUGUUCAAAUGUUUGGGCCUCGUUUGCAUCUUUCUGUAGCUCCACCGAAGAAACCCAAGGGUUCUCAUUCCCAGUUUGAUAAAAAUGGGUUUGGGCAAAAGACAUACAUGCAUAGGGUUUCAGUGGGAUUAUAGGUUUGUCCUGCUGGGCGAUCUCUGUCAGUUAUCAAGUAUUACAGACUCUGCGUUACCGCAUGGAUGCCCAAGAAAUUCCACCAACUGAUCAAUGAGCCAACAUAACAAUGCAAUCGGUCUUGGUGAACGAGGAUGCGAGCAGUGAAAGAUUCAGGAUUGGGCCAUCUGAACUCAGUCGUGAGCAUCAGUUUUUUUAGGGUCUUAGCAGAGACCAUGCCGUGGCGAAGCGACUCAACUCUUGCAACUGAAACCAACAGCUGCCCCGAAUAUGUUUAGAAAACGUAGCGUGAGGGCGAUUUUCCAUCUCCAGUAGGUCUGUACCAGGUGAUGCAAGCUGGGAAUGAUCUGCACCUGGCGUUGAGCACUAUAUCGACUGGAGGUCUCAUACAACACAGCAUCUGUAUUCGGUGUUUUGCUCUGUACACACAGAUUGCUUAUUUUAGUGCGACGGUUAUCUAGUUUCUAAGGUAGACUUAGACAGGUAACGUGAUGUACGGAGUAUGGGAGGGUUAAUAUGAUCAAUGUUGGGUUCUUGAUGCAAGCCUCAUAAAUUUCGGCAAAUGCCGAAAUUACCAAAAUUAGCUUAAUUUCUUUCUGCGCCGAUCUCUAAUGAAAUAUGGCAUUUCUAAUAAAAGCCAGAAAACUGUGGUUUAUAAGAAAAUUCAGCGUC